AUGCCUAUUACUGGAUCGGACACGAUUAAGCUGAUUGCUGCCAUCUUUGUGCCACCCCUUGGUGUGUUUUUGGAGCGUGGCUGCCACUCGGACUUUUGGAUUAAUGUCCUUCUGACUUGUCUUGGUUACAUUCCGGGUAUUAUCCACGCUAGCUUUGUCAUUGCGAAAUAUUGA